CAACAACACCACGAGAGAGAAUGGUUUGAAGUUAACACUGUUUAAAUCAAUGAUCUAACGUUCUAAAAGAACUAUGGUGGUAAAGAUGGAGAGGUCUUUGUUGGCUGGAUAUUUGCUUGUCGGUCUGCUUCUUUCUGGUGGCGAUGGAAACCCCCAGCAGGUUACACUCCGCGUUGAGCGCGGGAAGCAGAUUAUGCUGCCGUGCCGCCUGACUUCCGGUUUGGAUCCCGACUUGGUCUCGGUACACUGGGAAUCAUCAAAGGACUCUUACAUCACUUCCGGUGUAAGUAUCCUCAAAUACAAGAACCAGAUUGAGGUCGUCAAGACUACCAAUUUUGAAUGGAAUCUUCUGAUUAUGUCAGUCACGGACACAUUCGCGGCGAAUUACACGUGCACGUCAGAUCAACAAGUGGUGCUGUCCAACGUCCAACUUCUGAUCUUGGAGGCUCCGAAAAUCGACUAUGGCGGUACAAGCUCAUUGGAUGUGAGCGUCGAUGAAGGUGGCACUGUGAACCUUACCUGCGCAUUUAUUGGCGAACCUGUACCGACCAUUACGUGGUUUAGGGGUGACGACAAACAGCCUACCGGCAUCACGGGCAGCAAACUUGUUCUACCUAACAUCACGCGUCACGCUACGGACGUCUACACGUGUCAAGGAGAGAAUUCCGUUAGUAACGAGGAUUAUACAAUCAAUCUUAAAGUAAGGUUUCCUGUUGAGGUUGACGUCAUGGAAAAGACAAUUUACAUCAAAAGGGGAGGUAUUUCUAUGUUAGCGUGUAUCGUGCAAGGGGAGCCGUUAUACGAAACAUACUGGAUUGACGUUCAUGGAAACAAAGUGACGUCAACAACAUGGAAAUACUACUUUAACGUGGAGCCGGCAGGUGAACAUAUACCGGCUAAGUUCGUCACCUUGGUUACACGCGCGGGUACCCUGAUCGUUUUCGACUUCGGAACGUACACGUGCGAGGCGAAGGGAGAGGGAUUCAUUGCCAAUGCAACUGUGAAUGUCGUUGAACUUAAGGAAACUAACUCAACGCCAACGGAUCAAAUGUCCCUGAUACGAAGUACGACAAAAUAAAUCGAAAAUCAUAACGCCUUCGAAAUAAAGCAGAACUAACUUUGACUGGGAACUUGUGAAAGAUACCGACUUGAUAUGGCCGAUGUAUAAAAUAUUUUUAUAAGCCAGGUAUUGGCGUUAAUGUUAGUACCGAUGCUUCGCACCAAUUUCUCGAAACUUCUAAAAUCUAAAAUAACAGGAUUAAGCUAAUUUCACUAUUUUUGGUUUUUCUAUGAAUUGUGUUCUAUUUAUUAGUUUUUAGACUUUACGGUGGAUUUAUUUUUAUAAAAUUCACAUUUAACCAUUUUUCUUUGAUCAAAAUCAAAUAUAAGUAUGUAUUUUGGCUUAUUUAAAUCAGCUUCUUAAGCCUGUUAACCUUAAAAAGUUUUGAAAAAUUGGGGCCUGGUCGAUAGGUAUUGCUUUCUGAUUACUUAUAAGUUAAGGAAAUGAACGAAAAUACAGUUCUUGCAGUUUGAACUCUGCUUCUUUGUUUCUACUGAAAUCGGACGCAAAACAUAGCAGUGUGUGUAUACCACGUGAUAAAUAACGUCAUAUAUGCUACUUCGGAAUGGAAUAUUUUGCUUAAAAUGAAGACUAUAAUCAAAGAUAACUCUUCCUUUUCGACACCAUUUUAAAUGAAACAAAGAGCAGUCUAUGCCGCUUAAAGAGCACCGCCUUAUUUUCAUUACCGAGUUUGAUUAGGUUAUUAGUUUCCACAAACACUUCGAAAAACAUUUCUCCAAAAAACUGUUUUGACAGUGCUCCGUCAGACGGCCGUAUUGUGAAAAGGUUUGUCGAAGUGUUUUAAGAAAUUUAACUCUCAAUAAACUCUGGUAAAAGACAGAAGGCGGGGCUCCGUGAGCGGCGUAGACUGCGUUAUGUUUCAUUUUAAAUGGUGAAGAAAAGGUGAAGUUAUCUUAGUUUAAAGUCAUAACUCGAAGAAAAAUGUUGCCUUCCGACGUAGCUUUAUUACGCAAUUUAUCACGUGGUAUACACACACUGCAUAGGUAAUUGUUAAGUAUGUUUAGCCUUGGAGUAGCUCCAAUUCCAGUUGAAAUGGCACAAUAUGAAAAUCUUGCCUUGAACGAUCGCCUUUGCCUUUUUGAGAAAAUGGUGAGUCAGAAAUUGUAGCCUUUACGAUACUUUAAGAAUGCCAUUGUUAAAAAACUCAAAUACCAUCAAUUCAUUAUUUUUAAAGCAUGUCUGAGUUAUAUUGGCAGUCUUUAAUACUAUCAACUCAUAUGUUGUAAAGAUUGUGUGCCAAAGCAUCUAACAAUAUUUAAGUAAAUUUAACUUAAAGUAAUCAUAUUUAAAGUAAAUCUAGAAAUAAGUGCUUAUAAGUUCAUCUCCUGUCUUACUUAGAUGAUAAUUAUUCCUCCAUUUCUUAAUUAUGCAUGAUAGUGCAAGUUAUUUAAAUUCCUUGUUUCAAUUUAUUUUUUAUACCAGGAUUAGCAUUCUUUCAGGGUUUUUAUCGUGUAAAUAUAAUGUAUAUCAUGUUUAAGUACAUAACUCCAUGUUGUAUGUGUAGUAUUCGUUUGUUGUUAUAGCAAUAUGCUGUUACGAUAGUUUCCUUAAACUCAUACUUUGAGUGGAAAUGAAUUAUAUUGUGUGUUUAUUAUCAUGAAAUGAAUAAAUGUUGCAUUG